ACAUUGUCUGAUAAAGUCACGUGUGACAACAAAGUCAGAAGGGAGAACUCUUAGAUCUUCCUCCACUUUAGUGAAUUUAUUUUUAUUUUGAGUUACUUAAAGACGAACCAGAAUUUGGUAUGAAACCUGGACUAGCGGAAGGAACCUUGAUUGCUAUAUUUGCCCUGUCAUCAUGGAUAAACGUCAACAGUUUAUGGGUAGAAGUACCAAUUUUCAUUCAAAAUUUACCAGAAGCAUGGUCCCUACCAUCUUAUUUGUCAAUAAUCAUUCAAGCAUCUAACAUCUUCCCAUUUGUUUAUGUUCUGUAUGCAAAGCGUACAUCCAAGAGCGGUCAGAUUCCACGUUCAAGAUUAAUUUUUUUAGUUCUCUUCGUUACUCUAUUGUCAUGCUUGUCACUCAUUUGGACAUGGCAAAAGACAGUUGCAAACAAAAGUAUAGCUCUCUUUGUUAUCAGUUUCUUUAUGUCUGGUGCUAGUUGCAUUUCUCAAGUAUUAUAUCUCCCAUUUAUGGCAAAUUUUGAUGCAAAUUUUAUGCCUGCAUUUUACAUUGGUGAAGGACUCAGCGGUCUCCUUCCCAGUUUAUUAUCGCUUGUUCAAGGGGUUGGGGAAAAAUCUGGAUGUGUCAACUUUACAACACCCGAUAACAAAACAGGUAUUAAACCCGUCUAUGAUCGUCCAAAGUUUUCUGUAGAAGUAUUUUUGGGAGUUGAAACGAGUCUAAUUGGAAUUUCUUUAUUCUCAUUUGUUCUACUAUCUUAUAGACUUUCAAAGCGAAAAGGGCAUUUACAGAACGAUUUGAGUUCUUCCGAACAAAGUCUUUUAGAAAAAGACGUUGAAAUAGUUGAAGAUAACGAACCAAAGAAGAUAUAUUUCUGUAUACUAUUUGUAAUUGGAUUUUUUUCAAAUGGUCUCUUAACUGCUACGCAAUCCUACUCAUCAUUACCAUAUGGAGAUACAGUUUAUAGUUUGGCGAAUCGAUUGUCUAUUUUAAUAAACCCUCUAUCUUGUUUUGCCUUAUUCUUUUUGAGAUUACCAUUAUCAAUUAUAUACUGUUGUCUGUUAAUUGCUGGAGGAUGUACAACUUAUCAGCUGGUCCUCGCCUUUUACAGUCCUAACCCACCGAUAACUGGUAUUAUUGGCUCGAUAUUAGUGGUAAGUGAUAGGUAUAAAUGA